AUGGGCAAUGAGGGUUUGCUAGCGAAUGUCUUAUUUCUAGAUGACACUUGGGAGAAGAGGUGGAUAGUGUCGAAGCACAAAGAUGAUUACGGCAAAUGGAUCUUAUCACAUGGACAGUUCUAUGGUGACGCUGUCAAGGACAAAGGUCUUAAAACGUCCCAGGAUGCAAGAUUCUAUUCAAUCGCUAGCAAAUUUGAAAAGGGCUUCUCGAACCGAGGCAAAACUCUGGUGAUUCAGUUCAGUGUCAAGCAUGAACAAGAUAUCGACUGUGGCGGCGGCUAUGUUAAGUUAAUGGCAUCAGAUGCCAAAUUGGAAGACUUCCAUGGCGAAACGCCCUAUCAUAUAAUGUUCGGACCGGACAUAUGCGGUCCGGGAACAAAGAAAGUCCAUGUGAUAUUCCACUAUAAAGACCAAAAUCACUUGAUCAAAAAAGACAUCCGUGCAAAGGAUGACGUGCUGACGCAUCUUUACACGUUAAUAGUGAAUCCGGACAACACGUACGAAGUGCAAAUCGAUGGCGAGAAAGCGGAGUCAGGUGAAUUGGAAGCGGAUUGGGACUUCCUUCCUCCAAAGAAGAUUAAGGAUGACGUGCUGACGCAUCUUUACACGUUAAUAGUGAAUCCGGAUAACACGUACGAAGUGCAAAUCGAUGGCGAGAAAGCGGAGUCAGGUGAAUUGGAAGCGGAUUGGGACUUCCUUCCCCCAAGGAAGAUUAAGGAUCCGGAUGCAAAGAAACCAGAAGAUUGGGAUGAGCGAGAAUACAUCGAUGACGAGGACGACAAGAAACCGGAAGACUGGGACAAGCCGGAGCACAUCCCGGAUCCGGAUGCAAAGAAACCGGAAGAUUGGGAUGAUGAAAUGGACGGUGAGUGGGAGCCGCCAAUGGUUGAUAAUCCAGAAUAUAAAGGAGAGUGGAAGCCAAAGCAAAAGAAAAAUCCUGCCUAUAAGGGUAAAUGGAUUCAUCCAGAAAUUGAUAAUCCGGCCUACGUACCAGAUGACAAUUUAUACGUGUACGAUGAUAUUGGAUCGAUCGGUUUUGAUUUGUGGCAAGUGAAAUCGGGCACCAUCUUUGAUAAUAUCAUUGUGACAGAUAGUACUGAAGAAGCUAAGAAAUUUGGUGAAAAGACAUUAAAAAUGACGAUGGAAGGCGAAAAGAAAAUGAAAGAGAAGCACGACGAAGAGGAAGAGAAAAAGAGGAAAGAGGAAGAUGAGAAGAGGAAGAAGGAGGAGGAAGAAAGCGAGGCGAAAGAAAAGGAGGAAGAGAAAACGGAGGAGGAGGAGGGAGAGAAAGAAAAAGAAGAGGAAGGAAAGGAGAAGGAAGAGGAGGAAAAGAAGGAGAAAGAGACAAAAGAAAAGGAAGUUGAAAAAGAGGAUCACGAGGAGCACGAAGAACUGUGA